CCGCCUCAGGGAGGGCGCCGCCGCCAGCUCUCCUCCCCCGGCCGUGGCAGUACAUCGCCGGCCGUCGUGCAGCAGCAGGCUCGUUCAGGCGCCGGCAGCGACAACGAGCAGGAGGGUUCUCUCGCAGGAAAAUCCUGCAUUUGCUACUGCUCGUAUCUGGUCUUGUCUGCUCCGACGAAGAUGGGGCUUGAUAUCUCCAUGGCUGUGUGCUGCGCCCUUCCAGUACUCGUGUCUUUGCUCGUUAUCCGCUUCGCUUAUGUGAUGUAUCACAGCGGUCAUCUACCUUCGAAGCUCUCAGCUUCAGCUGCCAGAGUGCCGUGUCUCAUCAUCCUUGGUUCUGGAGGACAUACUGCAGAAAUGAUGAAUGUUGUAACUACACUUCAGAAGGAUAGAUUUACUCCAAGGUACUAUGUAGCUGCACUUACUGACAACAUGAGCCUUCAGAAGGCACAGGUCUAUGAGCAGUCACUGGUUCAGCCUGAGAUUGAUAAAGAAGAGGCUAUUGAGAAUGCACAGUUCGUGCAGAUAUACCGCAGUCGUGAAGUAGGCCAAUCUUACAUUACUUCGGUUGCAACAACAUUGCUUGCUACAUCGCAUGCUAUGUGGAUAAUAAUAAGAAUAAGACCACAAGUGAUCUUUUGCAAUGGUCCAGGGACAUGCAUUCCUCUAUGUGUCUCGGCUUUUCUGCUGAAGGUGCUUGGUUUGGGAUGGUCCUCCAUUUUCUACAUUGAAAGCAUUGCAAGAGUAAGGAAGCUUUCAUUAAGUGGUUUACUGUUGUACAAGCUACGAAUAGCCGAUCAGUUCUUCGUGCAGUGGCCCCAGCUGCAGAAAAAAUACCCUCGAGCAUGCUACGCUGGCCGUUUAAUGUAAAGGUUCACACAUGGAUGAUAAUACUGGGAUACUGCAAAAUGCCAAUGAUUUUGCGCCAUUUUGCAGAUGUUAUCUUUUUUUUUUUUGAUUGGAUGUAACAUUUAUCAAAUGCUUUCCCCCCUUUUAAACAGACUGGACUAGUAUAAUGAUGCUUACGCACAGGCAUAGUGAUAAACAGAUGUCAUGCAAUUUUGUAAAGAAGAAAGUGAACUGUGGAAAUACUGCAGCUGUAUAGAAGUCACUUUGUACCAUCCAGUUUCCAUUCUGAAUAUGAUUGUGUUGAAUCA